GAAAGUAGUGAGAUAAGGGAUGCCAGUGAAGGAGACUUGCGUGUUGCACUGAUAAGGGAGCACUUGGUGGGCGACCUUGCCAAGAACUGAAGUUGAAGGGUGAAUUGAAGUUGGGCUGGGCUGGGGGGCUCAGGAUGGGAGAUGUGGGUGGAGUGACGUGGGAGGUGAGAUCUAAAGGGUGGCCAAGGCAGUCUGGGCACAGGUGGGAGAAGGGUGCCCCAGGCAGAAGGAGCAGCCUGGACUGCUUCUUGAAUUGCUGAGGUAGGAAAGCUCCCGGUGUGAGAGGAACCCUGUGAAGUCUCGUGUGGCUGGAGCGGACAUGGUCUCUUCCUGGGAGGAGGACCGCAAGUUCAUCCUGCGGGGCUGGUCUCUGGUCUUCAGCAUCCUCGCAACCCUGAUGAUGCUCAGCGUGGUGGAUGGACGUCUGGCGUACUUGCAGGGCUCUUACACUGGCUACCUGGGCUUCUGGACAGACUGCAGGAAGCACAAGUGUGUCAGCCUGGGCCAAGUCACCGUUCUCAUCCAUAUGAGCAUGGGCUUCAUGAUGCUGGCCCUGACCCUGUGUCUCAUCCUCCUCCCCUUCAUGUGCCUCUCCUUCCGGCCAGUGUUCCGACGCCUUACUAAGAUCGACCUUGUCUUCAGUUUUCUCAGCUUCAGCACUGGGUUCCUGAUCGUUCUCAGUCUGACGCUCUUUGUAGUCAACUGUGAGACGCUACACCCGAGGCCACAAGUAUCCUACCUGGUGACCACCUACCUGUGCUGGGGCGCCGGCGCCUUGAUGCUGUUGGCCGGAGUGCUGAACUACUUAAACCACUUGGGCAUGUGGGGCAGAAGUUCGCCCUUCAUGGAGCGGUGUCUGAGCUGCCGUCGGUGGGUCUCGCAGCAGAACGCUCAGAGACGCGCGUCCGAACUGCAGUCCGACGCGGACCGCAAGCUCAGCCGGGACCUGUCCAGUGCAUUCACCCCCGAGGGGCGCCCCCUCGAGCCUCUCUAAACAGUUGCACCCGAGCUUCGCAGGAAACUGACCGGUAACCGCAGCCGCAUACCGGGCCCGCCCCCUCCGUCGUGGCAACGCGCCGGAGAAUAGACCUCCCUUCGAGGGCCCGCUCCCAAAGAACAGGCCGUGCCUUCUGAGGACAGGCGACAAACCCCCACCCCUCGAGCUUGGGGUUUCCCUUUUCGGCUCUGUUCCCGCGCACCGAGUCCUCAACCUGCCUUCCCUCCUGCAGCGCGACACCGCCCCCUCCAGUUCUGUGCGCGGCGUGCCGCGCUCCCGGCUGGUGUGGCCCCGCCCCUGAGCCUAGCUAGGGCCCGCCCCUGGGUGGUUGGGCCUCUUAGGCCACGCCCCGAAGUUGCACUCCAUGGUCUCGACACCUACCCCUCAGAGGGGGAGCCCCGCCCCUGGAUACCCAGUCGGGACCCCGGCCGGUCACAACACUCACCGCCUCUGGAUGUAGCUCCGCCCUUCUGCGGAACAGGCCCCUCCCAGAAAGGCGUGGCCUGCAACCACAUUCCCCUCCCCCC